AUGGACUCCUGCCAGGUGGACUCAUCAAUCUCAUAUCUACCUUCAUAUUACCCAGUUGGUGCACUAUCUCAGCAUCCCACACGAGGCUGUUGGCUAGAUUGGCUAUCUACCAAUGCUGUACAGUAGGUACGGAUACAUGAUCAUUAUUCGUCUCGUAUUCGAUCCGGACAUGCGGCACAAGUCAAGGUAGUCGAAGUGCAAGAGCCAGACCCAUGAUCUGCAGCAUGGUCCCUGCCCGCGAAGAGACUGUCCGCAGGUGUGAACAGUGUACAAUGUCGUACAGCUGCACCAGACACUCUCUUCUGCCGGGACCUGGUGUCCAAUGCCUCUCUGGGAUAUUGACCGGAUGGACAAUCUCGUCGUCACUUUAUUAUGAACCCCCGGCACUCAGUGGCUAUCAAUCGGUAAGUCCAGGCCGGGCACUGCGGCCGUUCUAGACACUUAUCAAAAAUUGCAUUGGAGCUUGCACACUCUACCGAGAGAACAACAGAGGAGAUGACCCUUUUAAAGCAAUCUCGCUCUGGCCCUUUCGAGUUCUCCCUAUGCGUUGUACUGUCUAAUGCAGCGGCCAUUGUUGGUCUGACAGCUGUCAAAUUGGAAUAUUGGCCAAUGGCGUCUUGGCCCUGAUCUGAGUCGACAGCUGGCUCAUCCUUUUGCACAGCCCGCAAAGUCUUCCCCAGGCACCUGCCAUCUGACCACACGGUCGCGCAUGGACAUUUUACUGGAUGACAGUAGCAUGAGGUAGGUGUACCUUAUGUACUUGGCCAAACUCCAUGAAGACACCACAGUCUCUUUUCUCCAACUUUCAAAUCUCGAGCCAUCCGCCAUUCGCCGUGCCACCUUAGUGGUAGGGUCUGUGCUGGUGCAGUACCGAAUUUCGAUAAAGCCCUCAACUUCCUUUUCCCGACGGUCACGCCGCCCAUAUUGACAACUUGUGGUAGCUUCGAGCGGACAAUUCGCCCGGACAGCUCGUAUUAAUAGAGAGCUUCGCACCGGUUUUCUCAACAUCCAACCUUAACUUUCACGACGCCGCAAAACCUAAAUUCCACUCCCUUCUGGUCUUGCUCUCUUCAAGCUUGCCUCUUUCAAAGCCCUGUGCUGCAAGAGGUGUUGAGCUGCUGAGCCAGCAGGCUCCCUUGUGGCUGGCUCUUCAACGCUCUUCUGCCGCCCUGCAGGGAGAGCCAAUCGUCCAACUGUCUCAAACAUAGAUACAUACAAUAAUGUCGACGAUGCGAAUAUCAAUGACGCUUCGAAUAUCCCUGACGAUUGUUCUUCUCUUCGCCAUCACGGCACUAUCCUUUGUCAUCCCUAAUGCCGACGGCUCCGAUAGCAGAGACAGAGGCCACGACGACAACAACAUUUAUUCCAACCAUGCCUUACACAGACUAAACCCGAUGCAAGGGACCAACAACCUCUUUUGCCGAAGCAGCCAGCAGAGCAUGUCCUGCUACGGAGGGCCUGCGGUGACGCUCCAGACCUGCCAAUCAAGGUGUGCCUGCGAGGAUGGCCGCAUCUCAUGCCCCAGCUACAAAUACUGCGACGACAGCACCAUGGAUACCUUUUGUGGCGGCUUAUGUCAAUGUGGCGCGCCCUUGGCAUCAUCCGCAAAUACGAAUGUCAACUCGAAUUCGGACGCGGCAGACUUCAAGCCCAAAAUCAUCAACAAGGAGCCUGAGGUCGUUGUCAUGAGCCCUCAUCGGUACCCGGCCCCUGUGCCGAGGAGGCAGCAGCCACACCAGUUCGACUCGGACGAAGAGGAGGACUCUGCCUAUUUUGAGGAUGAGGACGACGACUUUAGAAGAAGAAGAAGAAGCACGAGGCGGGAUCUGAGGAGGUCGACUGAUCAACCUGACGUUGGCUUCUCGGUUUGAUCAGGACUGCCAGUUGCAUACUAGCAUGACGAUUAUGGCUAUGGCAUUUUAUAAUGAUUACAAUUACAAACUACAAGAUUUGCAAUCUUCUA